GAGGAGCAAAGUUACGUGAGUGAACCAGAAGAAGUACCGGACAUUAAUCAGUUCCUCUUUCAUGACUCUAAAGUCCAUGAUGUGAAGAAACAUAAUGUAGAAUCAACAAUGAAUACCAAGGUAAAAAAAAUCAGCAUAUUUCAAAGUGAGCAUGUAGAGAACUUUCCUGUGUCAGAGAAAAAGGCUGAAUGUGAAACGCUUCUUUGUGAGGAAACAUCUGAAACUGUCCAUAAAAAACGUAAAAAAUGUCAAACUGUAAAAACUGUCACUGAUAAGAAGAAACUUUGUGAAAUCUGUGGCAAAAGUUGCAAAACAAAGAAUGAUUUGUUAGUCCACAUGAAAACUCACUCAGGUGAGAAGCCGUAUACCUGUGAAACGUGUAGGAAACGUUUCGGUAAACAAAACCAUUUGUUGGUCCACAUGAGAACUCACACAGGUGAGAAGCCAUUUUCUUGUGAAACAUGUGGGAAAAAUUUCAGUCAGCGUAGUGGUUUGUCGGUCCAUAUGAGAACUCACACAGGUGAGAAGCCGUAUUCUUGCCAAGCAUGUGGAAGAAGUUUCACUCAACAGCAUAGUUUGGUGGUCCACAUGAGAACUCACACAGGUGAGAAGCCCUUUUCUUGUGAAACAUGUGGGAAGAGAUUCAUUCAACGGAAUAACUUGUUGGUCCACAUGAAAACUCAUACAGGUGAGAAGCCAUAUUCCUGUGAAACAUGUGGGAAAAGUUACUUAGCACACAAUCAUUUAUUACGCCACAUAAGAACUCACACUGGUGAGAAGCCAUAUUCUUGUGAGAUUUGUGGGAAAUGUUUUAGUGAUCGGUCUGGUUUUAGAAUACACAUGCGAACUCACACAGGGGAGAAGCCAUAUUCUUGUGAAACAUGUGAAAAAAGAUUCAUUGCACGAAGUAAUUUGUUGGUCCACAUGAGAACUCACACAGGUGAGAAGCCACAUUCUUGUGAGAUAUGUGGGAAAGCUUUCAGUAAAAGGAGUGUUUUGGUGGUCCACAUGAGAACUCACACACGUGAGAAGCAUUCUUGUGAAACAUGUGGGAAAAGUUAUACUCUAUACAGUCAGUUUUUGGCUCACAGGAGAACUCACACAGGUGAGAAGCCGUAUUCUUGUGAAACAUGUGGAAAAAGUUUCAGUCAUCGAUGUUAUUUGUUGGUACACAUGAAAUGUCACUCAGAUGAGAAGCCAUAUUCUUGUGGAACAUGUGGGGAACAUUACUCUAGACACAGUUAUUUGGUGGCCCACCAGAGAAGUCACAGUGGUGAGAAGCCAUAUUCUUGUAAAAUAUGUGGCAAAAGUUUUUCCAGACCAAGUGGUUUGUAUUGCCACAACAAGACUCACACAGGUGAGAGGCCAUAUUCUUGUGAUACAUGUGGGAAAUGUUUCAGUGAUCAGUCUGGUUUGAGAAUUCACUUGCGAACUCACACAGGUGAGAAGCCGUACUCAUGUGAAACAUGUGGUAAAAGUUUCAGUCAAAACCGCACUUUACUGGUCCACAUGAGAAUUCACACAGGUGAGAAACCGUAUCCUUGUGAAAAAUGUGGGAAAUGUUUCAGAGAGAAGACUAAUUUGUUAGUCCAUGUGAGAACUCACACAGGUGAGAAGCCAUAUCCUUGUGAAACAUGUGGGAAAACUUUCAAUACGCAGAAUCAUUUGUCAGUCCACAUGAGAAUUCACACAGUUCAUUUCAGCGCCACUUGA